AUGAAAGCUGCAACUAUGCAGCCAACUAUCUGGAUUGCAAGAUUAGCGAAGAUCGUACAAGAAAACAGGCUCUUUGGUCCAACUUACCAAUUUGAUGAUAUGUCUGUUUUUGACCUUGAGCGUGCAGUCUUUUUGCCACCCAAAUUGCUAGAGCAUGCCAAAGAAUCCGAAGAAAACCUAAUUCCACCUUUCUCUUGCCGUGUUAUUACAAACCUUUUGGAGGAGGACGAAGUGAUAAGUAAAGGAAUGUAUUCCACAUACAGGGAAGGUAGUGAUGUUAACGACAUCAUCAUGAUUCCUGGUGGUCGAUUCCUGUUCACAAUGUCUGAAAAACACGGAGAUGGGGUAACUUACACCAAGCUUUGGGACCUUGGGCAACCAAAUACCCAACCAUCGCGCAUAACUCUUCUUUCUCGACUUGCUGGUCAGGAGCGGAUAUGCACUACAGCGCCUACACCUGAUGGUUUGGGCAUCCGUGUCAUUACCGCCACGACGGCCAAAGAAGACUAUCAGAUCAAAGUAUAUCAUAUAUUUCCGCUUUCUCCAAAACCGCGUUUCGAACAAACCGCGAGCAUAAAAUUGUCUGAAUAUAUCAGAUCGGUUAACAUUUCUGGAAACCGUAUAAUUUGCUCCACGAGCCGUCCUCCCCAACCCGAUCUCUUUGGAAUGACCCCUCAACCGGAGCUCAUGAUGGGAUUUAUUCUCAUCUGGGACUUUAUCAAUAAUACCUCUGCCGUACUCCGACCAACUUACCCACUACCUCAGGAAUUAUACCUCUGGGGGAAACACGUCAUAACGUUCCAUUCCAAUACACUUUCUUUGUGGUCAAUACCACCCCUCACCCCGGGCACCCCACAAUUUAUACGCAGCAUGCCCGCGAGCGCUCCUAAAUGGACAAGUGUACUAUCUGCCUGGAGCGUAGAUCGUGCUGGGGCAAAAAAUAAUAUGCUUCUCCCGCAGACCGGUUGGAUCCCUGCAGACUCCUGUUCACAAUACCUCAUCGCUGAAAGUAUUCCAAUUGAGCCCAGUGAUGACCUCCCACAAUAUGCUGUGUAUCGAAUUGACAGCUCUUGGGCCAAAAUUUCUUCAAUUUCUUCCACCGAUACCCACUCCGAAACAGAAGAAAAGCAGCAACCACAGCCUCAACAUAUAGUGGAUUUCGAUCCCAAUUUAUUCGGAGAAGAUUUCAGGAUGUAUCGCUCUCCUGCACCACCACAAAUAUUCAAAAAGGAUAUCUUUUUGACUUUUGAUGCUAGUGGGAGCAUCGUCAUGGCUGCGAUACCUCUACCCAAUGUAGAAAAUAACGAAGUUACACAGGGAUGGAAAUUUUGUUGCCUAGCUAUAGGGAGGCUUAGUAGUACUACAUACCUACAAUUUUGUCCUGCAACAGGUAGAGGGUGCUCUUUGUGGGGUGGUGAAGUUAGGGUCUUUGACUACAUGUUGCUAUAA